UCUUCAACCAUUGAAGCACAAAAGGUCUGUGUUAUUAUUGCAGUUUGAGUAAUGACAUUUUUAUUCACUUUUUACAGUAUUUUAUCUCGCAUAUUUCCUUCUGUUGACGGCAGUUCAAGCCCGCAUGAAGUGUGGUCUGUGCAGCCGGACAAGAUAAGUCCAAAGGAAAUGAACAUGCAGUAUAUCUGCCACUCAUACUGUGUUAGUAAUACCCAACACAUUCAUAAAACAAAGCUGUUCGAAGAGUAGCCUACCUUGUGCUGGGUACCAUGCUGGGGAUUCUUGUCCUAUUGCUCUUGCCAUACUUGGCCCGCAGCUGCCCUGUCCAUUGUGACUGUUAUUUAGACGUGGCCGUCCGGUGUGUUGGCCCCAAGAUCACGGACGUGCCUGGACAGAUGCCUUCCAACAUGACCCUGCUGCAGCUCAACGUCACCAACAUCAACGUCCUGAACAAAUGGAGCCUCCAAAACAUGAGCCUCUUGUUGCGUUUCAGCCUGAUUCAAGGCCCUCUCCAUACCAUCCACCCCCUGGCCUUUUACACCACCCCGCAGCUCAGGUCCAUCAAACUCUCCCUCAACAAACUCGUGGCCCUCCCCGGCAAGGUGUUCAGUCCACUGGCUGACCUGGAGCAGCUCCUCCUCGACGCCAACCGGCUGGAAUCGAUCCCUUCGGAGAUGCUCAGAGGACUGACUAGACUGCAGCAUCUGGAACUGAGCAGCAACCAGAUCUCCCGUCUGGACCCGGGGGUUUUCGAUGGACUGAGCAGCCUCACUUUCCUGAACCUCGGUGGGAACCUUAUCAGCGCCCUCGCCCCUGGGACCUUCCGUUCGCUGACCGCCCUGCGCCGGCUCAUGCUCUACACCAACCGGCUGGAGGUGCUGGGGGACCACGCCCUCUUUGGUCACCUCCCCGAGCUCGUCGAUCUGAAAAUCCACAACAACCACAUCACACGCCUCGCGCCCAAGGUGUUCUGGUCCCUGGGGAAGCUCUCCUCACUCACUUUAUCAGGCAACCGGCUCCAGGAGGUCCCAGAGAAGAGCUUCUACCACAUGCCACAACUAGUAAAACUAACCCUCUGGACUAAUCCGCUGCGGUCCCUCCCGGCACGUUUGAUGGGCCACACACCUUUCAUGCAGGAGUUUUAUCUGUUCAGCACUGCACUCGCCACUGUUCCAGGGAAUCUGUUUGCCAACAUGACCGGCCUUCUGCGCCUUAACCUCCAUCUCAACUCACAGCUGCAGGUGCUACCGGCUGAGCUGUUUCACAACCUUCCCAAGCUUAAAAAACUCUCGAUUAAGGGCAAUGAUCUCCGCACCCUACACCCAGACCAGUUCUCCAACCUCGCCUCGCUGUCCGUUCUGAACCUCAAUGACAACAAGCUCAGGUCCCUGCCCAGUACCAUCUUUCAGAAUCUGAAGGUGGUGUCUGCAAUUGAUCUGAAAAAUAAUGAGCUGCAGACCCUCCCGGGAGAGAUUUUCCACUCCAAUGGAGUCUUAGCGGAACUCUCUCUGACAGAUAAUCGGUGGCACUGCGACUGCCAGAUAGAAGGUCUGGCCUACUGGCUCAGAGCCAAUAAACAGGUGCUUGAUGACGAGGCUGUGAUGUGUCAGAGCCCCUUGUACCAAAUGCUUCGACCACUUUGGUCUCUGGGUGAGAAGGACUUUUAUGAAUGCAUUCCUCUAGCAGUCGGUUACUUUCCUAGACAGAGAGGGAGUCAGACUAAAAUAUCGACCCCUCGUCAAUCUCCAGCACUGACGACCUACCAACCGAGUACUUCACAGUCUACGACGUUCCCAUUGGCCAGCUCAACCCCCGCCUCAACGGCUCGGCCUCCUCGGAUAACAACUACAGUGUCCACCACCGCGUCCACCACCGCGUCCACCACCGCCGCCCCCACCGCCACCAGCAUCUCCCCUGAAGCAUCAUCAGCUCCUCCCAGCAUUUCCAUGGAACACCACUCUCGUCCUUUCUAUGAUAGGCUGGUGCUUGAGCAAGGGCCCGAGUUCGUGCACCACCACCACCAUCAGGGCUGGGUCUCUGUGUGGACUCUUCCUUUGGACGCGGCCCAUCUUGGGCUCCUCAUGACAGGCCACAUCCUGCUGAUGGUCACCGGGGCAGUGCUAAUCUUUGCUUCCAUGUGCGGGAUGUACCGCUUGGAGAAGGUCAUGCGAGAGCUAUGGGUGGAGGACAAAGAUGGCCGACGUGCACUGUGAAUAAUGAUUGAGGGUAAACACGCAAGCCAGCUUCUUAAGAGGUCCCUUAGUGAACAGUGUGAAGAAAUAUGCUAGAAGAUGUAAAUAUUUCGGCAGCAUUUCAAUAAAAUUACGUUGAAUAUCUGUUACUGUUUAAUCCAUUUAUCGCCAUUAAAAAGGCAUACACAUAAGCCUUAGUAUAUGUACUGAAAUAUAAUGUUUUGCCUUUAGUUAUUCUUCUUAUUCUAGUUAUUUCGUUAUUCGUUUUAUUUUUCGUAGAAAUCAAGUGACGUGUAACAAUAACCUGC